AUGGCUGCAACAGCAUCUGCUGCUACGGCGACAGUAGAGGAAGAUUUGGAGGAAUGUGGACCACAGUUGAUUACAAAAUUAGAGGGUAACGGUAUUACUUCAGGGGAUAUCAAAAAGUUAGAAGAGGCUGGGUACCACACUGUAGAGUCCGUCGCAUAUGCUCCAAAGAAAUGGUUAAUAACAAUAAAGGGCAUAUCCGAAGCAAAAGCUGAUAAAAUACUGUCAGAAGCUUCAAAAUUGGUACCAAUGGGAUUUACGACAGCCACAGAGUUCCAUCAGAAGAGGGCAGAAAUUAUACAGUUGACAACAGGAUCAAAAGAACUUGAUAGACUCCUUGGUGGCGGUAUAGAAACAGGCUCAAUCACUGAGAUCUUUGGAGAGUUCCGAACAGGAAAAACACAGUUGUGUCAUACUUUAGCUGUGACUUGUCAGCUUCCGAUUGAGCAAUCUGGUGGAGAAGGUAAAUGUAUGUACAUAGACACCGAAGGAACAUUUAGACCAGAACGAUUACUAGCUGUGGCUCAGAGAUAUGGAAUGGAAAGUGCUGCGGUUCUUGAUAAUGUGGCAUACGCAAGAGCUUAUAAUACAGACCAUCAAACUCAGCUCUUAGUACAAGCAUGUGCUAUGAUGGCUGAAUCGAGAUAUUCAUUGCUGAUAGUAGAUAGUGCAACAGCUCUUUACAGAACGGACUAUUCUGGUAGAGGGGAAUUAAAUUCUAGACAGUUACAUCUCGGAAGGUUUAUGAGAAUGUUACUAAGAUUGGCAGAUGAGUUUGGUGUAGCUGUUAUAAUAACGAACCAAGUAGUGGCACAGGUUGAUUCUGUGGGUGUGUUCAAUGCUGAUACAAAGAAACCUAUCGGUGGACAUAUUAUAGCUCAUGCUUCAACCACGAGACUUUAUUUACGGAAGGGCAGAGGUGAUAAUAGAGUUUGUAAGAUAUAUGACAGCCCCUGUUUGCCAGAAACUGAAGCUAUGUUUGCUAUCAGCACAGAAGGUAUCACGGAUGCUAAGGAAUGA